CGACCAUUACCUGGCGCGGUUCCCAGCUGGCCCAAGCCCCAAGGAGCUGCUGGCCCAACCCCUGGAGGCUCUCGGUCCCCUGAGCCACUAGAGAGGACGAGCAGACCUAACACUCACCCAACCCUCAAAAACACUAAAAAAGAAGAAGAAGAAGAAGAAGAAGGAGACCUGAAACCCACUAGCCUCUUUAAACAUAGAAAAAAAAGGCACGGCAACAGCAAAGACACCGGACAUAAGCAUACGAAUAUCGGCCUUAACAUUUAGGAAAGUAAAGUCUCCUGCUAACACUAUAGCAAUGUUGCCGUUAUCACGUGGAGUAAUUAGAUGUUUCCGUGGAGUAUCAAAAGUAGCUCGCAAAUAUGAGCACAAUGUUACAAAACUCGGUGUUACGGGGCUUAAUACGUCAUCAAGGAGGCGUUAUGUCACAUCCAUUAACCCUUCACAUGGGCUGACAGAAGAACAGACGGCCAUAUAUGAGUUGGCCACAGACUUUGCAGUAAAGGAGAUGCUGCCCAACAUGGCUCUGUGGGAUGAGAAGGAAUUGUUUCCAGUAGAUACCAUGAGAGCUGCAGCAGCUUUAGGGUUUGGUGCAAUAUAUGCCAGCGAGGAGUUUGGAGGAACAGGACUGACCAGACUUGAUGCUUCUAUUAUAUUUGAAGCACUAUCAAAAGGCUGCACCUCAACCACAGCCUACAUCAGUAUUCACAACAUGUGUGCAUGGAUGAUUGACCAAUUUGGAAACUCAUCACAAAAAGACCAAUGGAUCCCUCAACUUGCUUCUAUGGAAAAGUUUGCUUCCUACUGUUUGACAGAGCCUGGGGCCGGCUCAGACGCAGCCUCCCUCUCCACAUCGGCAAAAAGGGACGGAUCUGAUCUGAUCCUUAAUGGGUCAAAGGCUUUCAUCAGUGGUGGAGGCGACACAGACCUUUACCUUGUCAUGUGUCGGACAGGAGACAAGGGACCAAAGGGCAUAACAUGCGUUCUUGUUGAGAAAGGAACUCCAGGACUAAAUUUUGGCAAAAAGGAAAAGAAAGUUGGUUGGAAUUCUCAGCCUACGCGAAUGGUGAUAUUUGAAGACUGCCGAAUUCCUGCUUCAAACAUUCUUGGAAGUGAGGGCCAGGGGUUUACCAUAGCAAUGAAGGGACUCAACGGGGGACGUAUUAAUAUAGCUUCUUGCUCACUAGGCGCUGCACAGGCUAGCAUAGAGGCAGCUGUUGAUCAUGUCAAGGUUCGAAAGCAGUUCUCAAAGCCACUAGCAAGUUUCCAGAACACUCAGUUUCGUCUGGCUGAGAUGGCCACUGAGGUGGUGGCUUCGCGGCUGCUGGUGCGUAAUGCUGCCCGUGCGCUGCAGGACAACCAUCCCGACACUGUUCCUCUAUGCUCUAUGGCAAAAUAUUUUGUCACUGAAAAAUGCUUUCAGGUGAUCAACGAGGCGCUGCAGCUGCAUGGUGGCUACGGUUACCUCAAAGACUACCCGGUGCAGCAGUACCUGAGGGACUCCCGCGUCCACAUGAUCCUUGAGGGGACCAAUGAAGUCAUGCGGCUGCUCAUCGCUAGACACAUCCUCUCAGAAUGGAAGUGAAUAUAUUUUUAUUUUUGUAGCUGUGACAUAGUCGUGUUGUGAUUGUAUUGUAAAGUUAAUUUAUCCAUUGUCUACAGAAAUACAAUGUACCGAGCACACAUUUAAUAACAAGCAAUUUAAUUAUAGCAUUGCCCAGAUUCCAUGUUUAGUAUUGGAGAAUCACCCCUGUACAUUAUGUGAGGCCUUCCCAUGAUUGUUACCUGAUGCAACAAGCAACAAGCUGGUUCUGUGUAUUACUGACUCUUCAAUAUACACUGAUUAGGA